AUGGCGAAUCGUGCGGCAGCAUCUAGACGCGUUCCUGAAAAUGAAGCAGCAAUUACAUAUGUUCAGUGUGAUGGAUUGGCGGUGAUGAAAAUAGUUAAGCAUUGCCAUGAGGAAUCCUGCAGUAAUAUGGAAGUGGCCCAAGGUGCUUUAUUGGGUUUGGUCGUUGAGAACAGACUGGAGAUCACUAAUUGUUUCCCAUUCCCCAAACAUGAUGAUACAAUGGAUGAGGAAGAAUACCAACUUGACAUGAUGCGCAGACUUCGCAGGGUCAAUGUUGAUCAUUUCCAUGUGGGAUGGUAUCAGAGUGCUGAUGUUGGCAACUUUCUGAGUCAGUCCUUGUUAGAAUCACAAUAUCACUAUCAAACCUCCAUUGAAGAGAGUGUUGUUGUCAUUUAUGACACUAAGAAAUCGGCUAGAGGAUUCUUAACCUUAAAGGCAUACCGAUUAACUCCUCAGGCAAUAGCUAUGUACAAAGAUGGUGACUACACACCAGAUGCGCUACGUAACUUGAAGAUAGGUUAUGAAAGCCUGUUCAUUGAAGUACCGAUUGUUAUACGCAACUCACCCUUGACCAAUAUAAUGAUGUCUGAGCUCACAGAGAUGAUUCCAGAAGAAGAGGGCUCAAAGUUUUUGGAUUUGGGAACUGCGUCAGUACUUGAAGGCCAGCUUCGCAGCUUGAUGGAGCGCGUAGAUGAGUUGAAUCAAGAGGCCAUCAAAUUCAACCGCUAUCAACAGCUGGUGGUCAGGCAGCAGCAAGACAAGCACCGCUGGUUGUUGAAGAGGGCUCAAGAAAACUCGGCCAGAGCCGCAAAGGAUGAGCCCCCACUACCGGAAGAGGAUGUGAACAAGCUAUUCAAGCCCCAUCCAGUGCCACCAAGGCUCAACCCUAUGAUUGUGGCUGGCCAGAUCAACACCUACAGUCAGCACAUUAGCCAAUUCUGCUCCCAAAGCCUCGCCAAGUUGUAUCUUACGCAAGCGCUGCAGAAUGCCAAGGAGGCGAAGCAGAGCAAU